AGUCCCUGUUGUAUUCGUUUUCAGUUGGCAGAGUGUCGUAUCCCCGUAGGAGGGUCGUAUAAGUUUUUUUUUCCUGCCGGAAAGAGAAACAAAUACUAGUAAUUCAGACACGCCGCCGCAUCGGCACGAGAGUCCUCUCAGGGGACGACGACGAGAAUCGAGAUGAAGCCGUCGCUAGCGUCCCCGAUAGACGACGAGGACCUUCUGACCGAGAUACUCCUCCGCCUCCCCGCGCGGCCUUCCUCCCUCACCCGCGCCUCCCUCGUCUGCAAGCUCUGGCGCCGCCUCGUCACUGAUCCCCAAUUCCUCCGCCGCUUCUGCGCCCAUCACAGGGAGCCCCCCGCCAUCGGAGUGUUCCUCAACUUCUACCGCGGGGAUCUCUCCUUCAGGUCGGUUCUGGAUCCGCCGGACUCCAUCCCACCGGAGAAAUUCUCCGUGCAGCUGACCGACGGCAUCGAGGACGGCGGCGUCUGGUCCUUCCGCCGCUGCCGCCACGGCCGCGUGGUCUUCACCAGCGGGGACCACCUCGGCACCGGCUGCCGCCAGGUCCUGGUGUGGGAUCCCGUCACAGGCGACCGCAGCCGCAUAGGCAGCCCGCCGCCGCAGCUGGAUCACGACUGGAGCACGUCCCAUGUGCAAGCGGAGGUGCUCUGCGUCGCGGGCGACAAGGAUCACGUGCACGGCGCCUGCCAUUCGAGCCCCUUCAAGGUGGUGUUGGUGUGCGGCGACAGGAGCGUCGCGCGAGCCUGCGUGUACUCAUCGGAGACUGGAACCUGGGGCGAAAUAAUCUCGACAGCGAUUCCAUAUAGCCCACUGUCGUGUGUUGGCAUUGGCAGUCGAAGCAUCCUUUUAGGGAAUUCACUUUACUGGAUUAUUUUUGGUUGUAAGAUUGCAAUCCUCGAGCUUGAUUUGGAUACACAGAGGCUCGCUGUGAUAAAGGUGCCACCGGAUGCCCAUGUCGGGCAUCAUGGCAUCUACUUGAGUAAGCUGGGUGGUGGGCUUGGCUUCAUCGUUGUCUCGGACGACUACGUUGCUCAGCUAUGGGUGAGGAUGACUGAUUUUGAUGGUGUUGCCGGAUGGAUACCGGCACAAACAAUUGAAUUGGGCAAGCUUCUUCCGCUGAGACCAAGGGAGUGGACAAAUCUCCAAACGGUACUGGGGGUUGCUGGGGAGGACAAUGUGAUAUUUGUGUCAACAAAUUCAGGCGUCUUCGUGGUUCAUCUUGAGUCAAUGCAGUUGAAGAAAUUUUUUGAAAGCAAUCCUUUCGCCGACUGUUCGACUUCCACCAUCCAUCUAUUCACAAGUUUCUGUGCUGCUGGCAGCAUGCUGGUAAACAUAUAGUUAUGUCCUUUGUUAUUAGUCAAUAGUCAAGGCUUGGUGGAAUAAAUUAUCUCAGGUUCCGAAGAACAAUUUGACGGCGCAAAUAGAUAUUACUCUGGCUACUUAUGUCUCAUGGAACAUUUGGAAAGAGAGAAAUCGAAGAAUUUUUGAAAACAAGAGUCAGACUCCACUCAAUCUAUGAUGUUUGAUCGAGGAGGAUAAUGAUGAGUUUAAUAGGGCGUUUGGAAGAUAGCUUGCUGUGUGUAUAGCCGAGAGUCACUGCUCUUUGUGAUAUCGAGUUUUUCGUUUUUUCUUUGGCUUAGGCCGUUGUAUUUGGAUUGUUACCCCCCGCCCCCCCCCUUUGAUGCAAUGACAGAGCUCCUUUCUUUCCCGUCCAAAAAUCAUGUCAAUAAUUUCUCUGGCUGCAUGAUGACAUAGUAAUGGAGCCAACCUCCAAUCAGUUUUUGUAAGUACUAAGUCUUUUGAUGA